AUGCCUCGAACUAAAAACCCCGAGUUCCCCUUGGAACAAACUCAUCCUUCCGAAAUGAUGGAGGAAGAAGACCCCCCGACUGGAUUCGAAAGAGAGGUGAAUCCCGUUGAAAGAGAGAAUAAUUCCGAGGAUGGAGAGAACAUUUCGGAGGAAGAAGCAAAUAAAGCCGACAAAGAAGAUAAUAAUCCCAAUUCCGACGAAGAAGAUAAGAAUUCCGAGGAAGAUGGAAGUGGAACACUGAGUGACCGUGAAGAGGAGGAAGACGAGGAAGACGGAAGUGAUUCGGGAGAGGAAACCGAAGCAAUGCAACCUUUGCAGAUGUACUUUCCACCGAGUGAGUAUAAGAAGAAAAUAAAGAUCUCCACUAGGUGUUACAUCGCCGACACAUUGGAGACACUUCUUGAUAAGUUAGACCCUCCACUUACAAGCCAAGAGAGAAGUUGGUUUGAGACGCACCCGAAAUUCCAACAUAUUUUUCACAUGACAAGGGACAAAAACCACAGGGUUCAGGGCAUGUGGAUGCUACUUUUCCUAACGGCAUGUACUGAGAAGGAAAAAGAAGCUUGCUCCGUGGUAAAUGCGUUCCCAUUCGCUACAGCAUCAAAGAACAUGCACUGA